UUUCUCUUAAUAAUUUAUUAAAAUGCUAGCAAUCGUAGGUAAAGAUGACUUUCCACUAUAUAAGCUCAAUAUUGGGGAACAUGGAGACUCAGACUCGAGCCAUAUGGAUGAGUUCGUCAUUCAUUCCAGCUUGGACUUUGUAGAGACUAAGAUGUUGAAAACAAAUCAGGUAUAUCUCAAAGAAGUAGAUACGCAUUUAUCCAGCACUGUAUAUUGAUAUCUUACUGCAGCGAAUGUAAAAAUUUUGCUUUUAAUAGAUUCAAAGGGGGAUGAUAGCUCUAAGAACGUGUUCUUUAGUGAGCUGCAUGACUUAUAUGUUAAAACCAUCAUGAACCCGUUCUAUGAGCCUAAUACUAAGAUAAAUUUCCCAGCUUUUGAUUCGAGAGUGAAGGAGCUAACAAAGAAGUAUUUUUCAAGUUUGUAUUAAUUCAAUUAAUCCUU